AUGUCUGGAAUCGAAAUUGCGGGCCUUGCCCUUGCGGUCUUACCGCUGGUGAUCAACCAGCUGGACAACUACGUACAAGGCCUGGAGACCCUUGGUGAUUUUCGCACCAAGCGAUAUCGAAGUAGGUUGGACCAAUAUGCCUCAAACCUUGGAUCUCAACAGGCGGCAUUCAUCAAUACCUUAGAGCGAUCUCUCGAGGGCGUUAUUGAAUAUGAGGAUGGUUUUGACAACCUAGGACAGGACGAGCUGAAGGCGAUAUGGGAAAGGCCAAGCGUACAGUCAUUUUUACAGAAGAAACUUGGGCGAAACUACGCACCUUUCCUUCGUACCAUGGGUCAGCUUUCAGUACUACUAAAAGAACUAUAUCGGAAGUUGGGCUGGGACGAGAUACCAGCAGAGGCACAAAAAUCGUGGGACGACUCAAGCUCCUUCAACAAAGAAGUCAAGAAGUUCAAAGACGUCUUCUCGAAGAGAACCUACGAAGCCCUAUUCAACCAGAUAAAUCUGGCAAACGAACAACUCGCCAAGUUGAUGGAGCAAUCCGACCAUCGCAGCAGGAUACAGAAGAAACGAAUAUCAAAGCGACCCCCGCAGCGUCUCCGGCUAAAUCGAAAACAUGCUCAAAGCCUACACAAGGCCAUCGUCCACGGCAAAUACUGGGCAUGUUCCUGUCGUGAUCAGCACAUGGUUCACUUCCUCCUCGACAAGCCGCAUAUCGAGAAUACUUCGACAAGUCAUCAGUCAUCUAGUCCCGAAUUUCGCAUGGUAUUUGUUUGCUCUCGGGGUAUCGAACAUAACGAGGCCCUAGCCAAUACGCACGAGAUAGAGACCAGGUCGAUCUACUCUCAGCCUACCCCGGAAGGAUCAGUACCAACGACCGUUGCAAUCCAGUCAACUGAGGUCCAAUCCAGCAAUAGCAAAGGCAGAGGAAGAUUUUACUCAUCGCAGAACGAAUCUGUGUCAGUCAUUACUGAGACACCACCUCUGCUGUCUCCAAUCUCCGACAUAUGCCUCGCACUAUCCACAAUAGCAACUAAACAAGCCACACUCGCCGAAAAAAGAUACCUCGGCUGUGUCACUGAUGGAUCACAAUGGCAUUACAUGUACCAUUUGCGAGAAAUAUCCGAAUCCCCCAAAACGCAAUCUCUCGCAGAGCUCCUUGAGUCAUCUUCGACAUUCCUCCAGGCCCAAAUGAAAGGUGCCUUCUUCUUCAGCCAAAGAGAGCGACUCAACCUGGCCGUCAAGCUUGCAUACAAUGUUCUAGAGCUACACGGAAAUUGGCUCAAAUCUCCCUGGCGAGCCCGCGAUAUUAUGUUCAUCCGGGACCCAACAAGCGAAAUUGGACACCCUGCGCUAGCUCUGAGCGUAUCGAAAAUGAACUCACCAACAAUGUGCAGGGAUAGAGCGUUUUCAGCACUGAUUCGAAAUGAAAUCCUCUUCCCUCUUGGACUUGUCCUUGUUGAACUUUCCCUUUGCCAACCCUUGGAGUUACUUCGCUCAAUAGAGGACUCUGAUCAGAAUGAAGCGACUGCGAACCUCAAGACUGCUGCUCGUUUGUUGAAAUAUGUCAACUUGGAGAGUGGGCUUGAGUAUGGCGAUGUUGUGGAACAAUGUUUGUUCGGAUCUUGGAAUGCUGGGUCUUCGUUAGAGGAUGAGACCAUGCAGGAUGAGAUCUACCAAAGAAUUGUCGCCCCACUAGCGGAGAACUUGAAUAGUUUUGUUAGUAGGUCUCAAAGGUACUGA